GCUGUCAGAAGGAUGAAUUGUCUCCUGGGCCUCUCUGUGCUGUUUGCUUGGUGCUUGUCCCCAGCCCAUGGGAGCCUCUUGCAGCUGCACAACAUGAUCACGGAGGCGACAGGGAAAAACGCUUUGCUGCACUAUGCCUUCUACGGCUGCUACUGCGGCCUGGGGGGCAAGGGGCAGCCCAAGGACGCCUCAGACAGGUGCUGCCAGCUACACGAUACCUGCUACCUCAGCCUCCUGAGCCAUGACUGUGACGCCAAGAAGCAGAGCUACCACUACAAGGGGCACCACGGCAGCCCCUCCUGCAGAAAGGGCUCCUGGUGUGCUCAGCUCUCCUGUGAGUGUGACCGCAGCCUGGCACUGUGCCUGAAGAGAAACGUCAGGAGCUACAGGAAACGCUACCAGUUCUAUCCCAAUUACCUGUGCAGGUGAUAGGAGUCGAAAUUUGGAGCUCCCUGCAUUCCUGCCUGUACUGUUGU